GGCUCUCGCUUUCCGACCAGUAAGCAUUGACAACAUCAACUUUCGAAAAGAUCUCGCGUAUUGUGAUUGACGAAGAAAACAUCUAUCUAAUUACGUUUACAGUACUAACUACUUUUGGUUUGCAAAGUAGUAGAGAAGAAGGACUAGGAACAUCAAAAUAAAGUGUGAAUCGGUGUAGUACUAUGUAUAAUUGUUUCCUAGAAGGAGGUUUUUGUUCCUACUUUUACUUACCAAUGAAUACCAUCAUAAAUACUCUUGGUGAAUCAAUCAGAUUGUUUGCACAAAACAAAGAUCAAAAGAAAAUGAAGCACCCUGCCUUUCGCGUCAUCGCUUGUAGUUGUAUCUUCUCGCCAGGAGUGGCCGCACGAAGAUUUCUCGCGGCCACAUCGCCGACUGGGGCGUCGCAGCCUUGGGGGAAUUUUGUGGCGCCUUCUGUUUUACAGAAUCGCCGCUACAGGGAAGCUGAGAAGAUUGACAUCCUCGAUCAACAAGAACGAGAGCCACACGCAGCUCAUCCGGUGAGCCAACAGGAGGAGGCAGAGCAACUACAAGCUCAUGCGGUCGAUGACGAUGGAGAAGUAGUUGAAUCUCCGCUUAAAAGUCUGAAGAGGCAAGACUCUACUACGACGGCAGAUGAAGACGCGACACGACCAACAAAUAAACAAGAUGAACUUAGUACUCCCUCCUCCGUGCACCAGGUCGUUAGUUCGUCUUCAUCUUUCUCGAGCACAGGCAACGCAGCAAGCAGAAGCGACUUCAAAAGUAAAAUUACUUCAUUGGAGGACAGGGAAAGUCCUCUUCUGGAUCUGUAUGUAGUUAAUGCGGAAAAGGACCAAGACGAGGAAGAUCUUCAUACUAUCCCUAUAUCAGUCACCGCAGCUUUGACUGGUGAAACAGAGGUGUUUCAGAUCGACGCGGUCGAAAAAGGAACCGGGAGAGUGUUUAGGAACGACGUUUAGCUUGUGCUUGUUGUUCAUGGAGUUCGAGUCACGAUUACUUAUACCAGAGUAGUUUAUAAUAGCACGCAUGGCGCAUGGAAUAGCAUGGAGUGCAUGGAGCGCAGAGCUUUAAGGGGCGCAAGAAGCUCCCCCUUUAGCUCCAUGCUACUCCAUUUGAUCCAUGCACUCCAUGCCAUGCGAGCUGUGAAACCUUAUAAGUUGCUCUGUUAUGCAAUACCUGCGUACUCUCUCUAUCUAUGAGCAUCAGCAUGUUGACUAUGCAGCAUGUUGGCAUGAUAUGGAUGCUUGUGUUGCUGAUCACAAAGGGAAAUUAUACUGAAAAUCACAAAGGGAAAUUACAACUGUUGUGCUCUUGUUGCUGUUCCUGCUAUUGUCUCUCCCUUUAUGUUUAUUCUAAUGCUUGUAUGAUCGGUGCGCAGUUGCGGCAGCUGCAACACAAGAUCGAGGACCGCUUUGGCUACCCAGCAAUUUCGCAGAUACUACUAGACAAGAAGGAUUCCUCACAAUUGAUUGCUUCUUCCCAUUUUCCGAGUCGGGAGACAGUGGUAGAUUUAAGGCUUGUUGUGAUUAUACUAUUUAGAUGAAAAAGAUUCUUUCAAGGUCGUUGGCGUUGCAGUAUUGAUUCUCGACGACAUGGAUUUGUCCAUUAUCAAUAUCAUCCUCUGAAAAAAUAUGAUAAUAUCAAAGUGAGAGCGUCGUGUCCUCGACUGACAGUUCAUUCUCACAAGAGCUCUAAUCUUGCCAGCGGAAUCUGGAGCAUUCUCUGAAAUUCAGAAUGCAUAUUUUGGUCCCCUCGACACUCCAGAGUGGGCAACAAGCUUGAUCCGCCCUGCUUCAUCAGACGACCCGACAACUACAAGCGGAGCAAGUCGUAUUUCAGUACCGGACGAAGGCGAAGGGAAGAAGGUUCUCUUCCUCGACCGUUUGGAUGCCAACAUGGAGUUGAUAGUACUACGCGAUAGCAGUUCGAGUCACAAAGUACAGAUUCUUAUGGAAAGCUUGUACCUUUCACUGCCUUAUUAUACCAUAGGACUUGAGAAGUACAGUUUUCGGUUCAGCUAUGUUGAGAUCGAUGUCUCGUAGGUCACAAGAUUAAUCAAGAUAAAUCAAAUUCGAGUGGAAGAGGUACGUAAAGGAAGACCAACAUGAUACUAUCCUUUUGUUUGGAUGAUUUAUUAUUUGUGAAGUCGCCUCUUACUCUUAGGUGCUAGUCAGACUAGAAGCCCCUUAUGUAUUCGAAGCACUCGCGAGAUGAGACCUUCCUCAUCCUCUGCUUUCAUACCACGUGUCGACUGGGAAGGCACGGUUUUCAACCUAAACGUUUGGCCCACCAUGACCUUUCAAGAAGCAAGUCAACGCUUAGUUGAGAUUCUUGUAGCUCCGAGGGAUGGACCACCUGCGGCAGAUUUGAUGCGUCGUUUUAUGGGUUAUAUAUUUGGGUUGCUUGUCUUGUACUUCUUGUCCGUCAUGUUUGACAUAGCUCUGGAUACCAUAGACCUAGGUGACCAUUGUCAGAUAUUAGUAUUUAUAGGGUUAGCGAUGGUUUGUGGCUUCCUUAAGGAGAACGGGUUUCCUUAAAGGAUUUCUAUUACAAAAAGUUACUACAACUUUCCUUAAGAGGAAAAAUCUCCCUUAAGGAGGGCCCUUAAGGAAAAGCUGUUAUAGGCCUUGGCUAAUAUUAGCGCCCUCCUUAAGAGAUUCCGAAGGGCUCAAAAGGCUCUCUAAAGCACUUGCGUUGCUAGUGCUACGAGUUCAAACGCACCGCGAACGUGUUAACGUGUUCGCGGCUGUUAGUUUGUAGGCUACUCACGUACACCAGCCACAUCAAUCUGCAGCAGGACACUACGCGCCCACCCCUAGCGAAUCGCCCCAACGAACUCCCAACCGCUCCCCUUGUUAUAUAUCGCCCAGCGCCUUUACUUUUUUUCAAAAAUCUUCAGGGAGGCCAUUCAAAUACAGAGAAAACGAAACGACCCUCCUGAAGUUUUUGGGAAAAAGUUAGCUCGCUCCCCUUCCGCGACUACCUUCCGCACACAACAACCGACCACAAGAGCGCGCGGCAGCCCUUGGAGAUGGUUAGCCCGUGCGUGCAUUUUUAUCAGCACAAAAGUGGGAGAAUUGUAAGGGAGAGGGUGAGCACUUGAAAGGGCAGAGGCUGGCGAGCGUCAUCACAUUGACUCACGAGAAAGCCAAAGAUAUACAGCUCUGUGCUUGAAAAUCGAAGCCGUGGAGGAUGUCGAUGCUUGUGAGAAUGAUAACCGGAAGCACUUGCAUCGCUGAAGGGUGGACCCUGGUGAGCAUCAUCAUACUCAUGAGAAGGCCAAAGAUAUACAUCUCUGGGCUUGAAAAUCGAAGCCGCUGCGAUGGUCGAUGUCUGUGAGAAUGAUAGCCAUGAGGAUUUGCAUGCCUGAAGGGUGGACCCUGAUGAGCGUCAUCAUAUCCACGAGAAGGCCAAAGACGUGCGCCUCUGUGUGUGAAAGUCGAAGCCGUUGGGGAUGUCGAUGACUGUGAGAAUGAUAGCCGUGAGGCCUUGCAUGUCUGAAGGGUGGACCCUGGUGAGCGUCAUCACAUCCACGAGAAGGCCCAAGGCGUGCGUCUCUGUGUGUGAAAGUCGAAGCCGUGGAGGGAUGUCGAUGCUUGUGAGAGUGAUACGAUAGCCGUGAGGCCUUGCAUGUCUGAAGGGUGGACCCUGGUGAGCGUCAUCAUAUCCAUGAGAAGGCCAAGGAUAUACAUCCCUGCGCGUGAAAGAAAAGUCGAAGCCGUUGGGGAUGUCGAUGUCUGUGAGAAUGAAUGAUAGCCGUGAGGACUUGCACAUCUGAAGGGUGGACCCUGGUGACUGAGCGUCGUCACAUCCAUGAGAAGGGCAGCGAUAUACAUCGCUGCGCGUGAAAGUCGAAGCCGCUGAGGAUGUCGAUGACUGUGAGAGUGAUAGCCUUGAGGACUUGCAUGACUGGAGGUUGGACCUUGAUGGGCGUCAUUAUAUCCAUGAGAAGGCCAAGGGUAUGCAUCUGUGUGUGUGCAAGUCAGUCGAAGCCGUUGAGGAUGUCGAUGUCUGUGAGAAUGAUAGCCGUGAACACUUGCAUGGCUGAAGGGUGGGCCCUGGUGAGCGUCAUCAUAUCCAUGAGAAGGCCAAAGAGGUCCAUCGAUCUCCGUGCUUGAAAAUCGAAGCCGUUGAGGAUGUCACCUCCCCAGCCUUCCCUUCUUUGACACAGUGGGAGCCAGCUUCCCAGCCUUGGCGAGCAGACUUGGCGACUUUUUUCGUUUGUCUUUCUGUCUCUUAGUAGUCAACCUGUCUAGUUGUUAACCUAUGCCCGGCGCAGCGGGCCCUUGAUGGGCCCGCUUUCUGGGCAUGUAUAUUAUACCAUAGACCUGACUACAGGAAUGUCAGAAGGAAGACGUUGGUCACUGAGGUUGUUCGCUGAGAUCGAAGAGGCGACCCCUUGAGAGAACAGGGGAAAAUGAAGGGAGAGGCUUGGGGCCCUUUUCACUGAGAACCAGUGGCCACUGGGAAUGAUAGCAUAGAAAUGAUAGAUAUCUACCCCACUUAGUACUAAGUCAAAGGCAAUCAACAACACCAUCACAUACUAUGACACAUGGGUUCUGUGACACAUAACUACCCACUCCCACCUAACCUAUCAACCUAUCUUCCUUCGGAUUUCUUCCUUCAUUUAAAAAUGAUCCUAACCAAUGCUUCUAUCCUCCUCCACCCUUCAUACAGAACCACCUCCGAGUAGGCUUUAUGCACGAGCAGGAACGAGGACACGAAAACGAAUUGGCUGAAGAAAUCCCGUUGGACGCGACGAUGGAAGAUGCAGGAGUUCUACCUGGAUCGACUCUGAGAUUAAUGCUUUGACUGUAAUCACCAACAUCCAGUUCCAGAUCUUUCAUCUUGUUGUUGAGACUAACUAUCUUGGAGACUGACUUUUCCAUAAGGGGAUUCAUCUUGAGAAGCAUCUUAGGCUCACGCUUCCUCGGUCAACCUUAAUGGUCACUUCCGAGAUGGAUUUUUAGGGUGAGGUCUAAUCAAAGCAUCGACGACUUUGCCCGCAAAAGCAAGGUGA